UCAGGCGUGGUCGUCUUCCAGUACAUUCGAGUGGGGUGUGCGGUGAGUGCGCGUCGCGCGUGGAACCGCGGACGAAACGUGUUGCUUUCGUGAGGUUGCGACCUAUCGCGACAAGUAAGUGCGUUCUUGAGAUUUCUCUGUGGGCGUAUUCGUUGUUGUGUUUGGUGUCGAUGGUAUAUCCGGUCUAUCUUACGCAGUGCGCGCGCGCGCACGUUUCUCUUCGCUUCCUCUUCAUCAUCCGCGUGUGAUUGCCGGUGAACAACGUCACGAGACACGAUGAACGGCGAAGUGAGAGUGAAAACACGGCCACGCUUGGCCGGCUCGCCGACGGCGUGAAUCAUCGCGUGCCAGCACCGGCUCCAGGGAGAACCCACGCAGUGGCUACGACGUGUGCGCGUCCCGUCUCCCUUCCUCGCGUGUGUGCUUUUGCCGGUCUCCUGAGAUCCGAUCCGUUGGUUCGGCCUUUCCUUCUCUCUCGCUCCUCUUCUUCGCUUCGAGCACGAGAGCAUCCCUCGCAUAUACCUUUACCACCUACACAGUGAACAUCAUCGGCAUUGUGCGAAGGGUUGAACAACACCCCCUUUCUGGUUCGAUCUCGCUGGCGGCAGAGGAGAGUGAGUGUGUGACAUCGUCGUCGUCGUCGUCGUCGUCGUCGUCGUCGUGAUCGCGCUUUGUAAACUGAAAUUCUCGUUGCUCGUGGCGAAGACAUGUCGACGGAGAACCAACAGAACGGGACCGCGGGAGGCGCGCAGAGCAACGGCAUCAAGUCGUCGUCGUCAUCGUCGUCGGCGUCCUCAGUGGCGUCGUCGGGCGUUUCACCGUCCGGUCGCACCGCCGGUCUACAGAAUAACUCGUCCUUCCUGUACAGCAGCAGCACGAUGCUGAACCGCGAGAAGGCGCGUCAGGUGCCGCCGCCGACCCUGCCCAAGUACACGUCGAGCUUUAACGCCGGCUCGAACGGCGGUGCCGGCACCGGAGGCGGUGGUGGUGGCGGCGGCGGCGGCGGCGGCGGCGGCACCGCUGAACGACUCAGCAGGGACCGCGAAGCUGGCGGCAGCUAUAGGCUCGCCAGCCUGGACAGGCUUGCUCUGAGACAGAGGAUACUGGACGGGGAGAAGGCGAAUGGCGAGUCCAUCUCGAUCCAGGCGAAGCGCGAGUUGUUCUUCAAGGGCGACGGCUCGUCGAUAAUCUCGUCACCGUCGGUGCCGUCGGUGCCGCCACCACAGCCACCAUCGCAGGCUCCAAAUUCGUCCACGAACUCGUCGUCGUCAACGAGCUUUACCACGGCCGGCAGUCUCACGUCGCCAAACACAGCGCCGGCGCCACCCUCGUCAGCCUCAUCUGGUUACUCCAGCAGCGCCGUAACGCCUUCGGUCGGCCUGGGGUCGAACGCGAAGCCGCGAUUGCCGUCCGCGGUGACGAUCCCGAACGACGCCUCCGAGGACAGCAAUAGACGCGAGUCCGCCAGGACCACCUCCAAAGAGGACAGCAAUAAGGAGACUAGUCUGCUGCAUCACUUGCGACCCACACCACCCACCAAGCCUAAAGAGCUUGACGGCUAUGUUGGCUUCGCUAAUCUACCUAACCAGGUCUACAGGAAGGCAGUGAAGAAGGGCUUCGAGUUCACGCUCAUGGUCGUAGGAGAGUCGGGGCUCGGCAAGUCCACCUUGAUCAACUCCAUGUUCCUGGCGGACAUAUACAGCGCCGAGUAUCCUGGGCCCAGUCUCAGGGUGAAGAAGACGGUCGCCGUGGAAACCAGCAAAGUACUGCUGAAGGAAAACGGCGUCAACCUCACACUCACGGUAGUCGAUACUCCCGGAUUUGGCGACGCCGUCGACAACAGCAACUGUUGGGUGCCGGUCAUCGACUACAUCGAAUCGAAAUACGAGGAGUUCCUUAACGCAGAGUCUCGCGUAACGAGACGACAGAUUCCAGACAGUCGAGUGCACUGCUGUCUCUAUUUCGUCGCGCCCUCGGGCCACGGAUUGAAGCCACUCGACGUGGAGUUUAUGCAGCGUCUCCACGAUAAAGUCAACAUCAUACCCGUUAUCGCUAAGGCUGACACCAUGACGCCGGACGAAUGCGCGCAUUUCAAGAAACAGAUUUUGAAUGAGAUUGCGCAACACAAGAUCAAGAUCUACGAGUUUCCGGAGGUGGAAGAGGAGGAAGAGAAUAAACUCCACAAGGUGUUGAGGGACCGAGUACCGUUCGCGGUUGUAGGAGCGAACACUGUUGUCGAACACGACGGCAAGAAAGUGCGGGGCAGAAAGUAUCCCUGGGGAAUCGCAGAAGUCGAGAAUCUGGAACACUGCGACUUCAUAGCCCUUCGAAAUAUGGUGGUGAGGACACACGUGCAGGAUCUGAAAGACGUGACGAACAAUGUGCACUACGAGAACUUCCGGUGUCGCACGUUAGCCGGCCUGGGUGUCGACGGCAAGCCGACAAAGGCCUCGAAUAAGAACCCGUUAGCACAGCUGGAAGAAGAGAAGAGAGAACACGAUAACAAAAUGAAGAAGAUGGAGACGGAAAUGGAACAGGUGUUUGAGAUGAAAGUUCGCGAGAAGAAGCAGAAACUGAAGGACUCUGAAGCGGAUUUGCAGAGAAGACACGAACAAAUGCGACGCUCGUUAGAGCAGCAAGUGCGAGAAUUGGAGGAGAAGAGACGGGCGUUCGAGGCGGAGAAGACUGCCUGGGAGCAGCAGACCGGCCACAGUAUUGAAGAAUUACGUAGACGCAGUUUAGAAGCGAAUUCGAAAGAGGCUGUUGACGGUAAAGAUAAGAAGAACAAGAAGAAGGGCCUCUUCUAAUCAAACACGGUUAAAGAAAGAGAAAGAAAAUGAGUGGCAAACGGACAGACAGGCAGAUAGGAACGGCGGUUCCGGCGCGGUUGUCGUAUAUUCCCGGCGACGACGAUUACCAAUGACGAGUACGGCUAUAGGUAGAUUCUGAUCAAUUUGGUAGGGCUCGAUAGGUGCGAUUACAUAGCGAUCUGCAAUCUCACGGGUGGAUCGGCGAUCUCGACGCGUGCUUUGUGCAUGCAGCGACUGAAGGAAAAGCCGCGAAGAAGAAACUCGGAGAGAUAAUGAUUCUCUCUCUUGAAACACAGUAUUCACGGAGGUAGUAGCGCUACGCUCAAUGAUUGAGUCCGAGAAGGACCUGUGAAUCUGCAAAAUAGCCAGUCAGUAGCGAGAAGGAUAGAGGACAAGUUGUCGCGGAAGUUGACAAAUUUUUGUGAAGAAUUUAUGCGAGCUAACACUUCAUAAAUUCAGUAAUCACUGUGGGUCCACGACGCUUUUGCGUGUUCUUCUCGCGUAUUAUUCUGGAGGACCCAGAACGCGACUAGGGAUAGGCGAUAUCCUUCCUUCCAAACGACGAUAGUCCGGGAUACGCGCGUCGAAGAUUGGUGAUCGAUCCUGUUUCGUUGUUUCGCAAAAUAUGCUGCUUCUUGCAAAGCUACUCUUAAAAUUUCCCCGGUUGUAGAUCUCACUCGAAACAAGUGAACGUUCACUCAAAGCGAUAAUACGAUAAGAUAUUGUAAUUCGGAACCACGAAAGUAAACGUUUAACUUCGACCAUGCAAUAUAAUAUGGACUUUGUCCAUAUGUGUAACUUUUUUUAGUAGAAUGAAUUUCUUUCUGAAUCAUUGAAAGAUAUCAAGUCUUAUCAGUUUAUAUCAGUGAAGUCUCAUUCUGGAUACACGUUUGAUGUUAGAUGCUGAGUUGAUUAGAUUCCAAGAUUUGGUAGUUGCUUUUACAUGAAUGUUAUGUAUAACGUUGUUCCAGUCAAAGGAUCAGAACCAAUAUUUGGCAUUUUAUAACUUUUAGAAAAUCACUCCUAACUCAUAUUUUGUUUUCGAACGAAAAUAUUUAUUUGAGUGAAAAAUUAUUCAAGUUUAAGUGACUCGAUUAUCACUCCAUUUUUCGAGUGAGAUUUCGCUCAAGUAAAUUUUAGAGAAUACGGACUGAGUGAGUGUGUGUGUGUGUGUGUGUGUAUGUGUGUGUGUGUGUGUGUGUGUGUGUGUGUGUGUGUGUGUGUGUGUGUGUGUGUGUGUGUGUGCGAGAGAAAAAGAGAAAGAAGACGUUGAUUCGUCAUCUUUUGAGUGAGACGAAGUUGUCUCUGCCGCCUGUGCUUUUUCGCGCUUCCUAUUAGUAUUCGAGGAAGAAGACAAGAGGAACAAGGGAAAGAACAAGACAUGCGACUGACACAAAAGUCUUCUUAUACGACGCUUACCACCGUUCAAUCCGCGACCGCCAUUUACUUACGACACAAUUGUACAAAACACGUAGACGUAAUUUUUUGGAGAACGUAACUUUCGUACAUUUUUCCUCGGAGAUAGUUAGUCCCGCUAAAAAAAAAAUCAUGUACUUUCCGCGUUACGAGAGAGCGUCACGUUCGAGCCGCCCUCCGUCGAUCACGAUUAUAACGAACGGAUUAAAUGAACACGAAACAGCGACCGAGUACCGUCGUACAAUCGGUUGUGCUUGAAGAUAUUCAUCAUAUCAUUAUACCUUGUAAUUAGAGUAAUCAAAUAUUUCUUAAGAUUUUUUAGCUGUUUAGGAAAUCAAGAAGAGAGAUAGCAUCAUGUCUAUUCUUUUUAGCUGAACUAGAUUGCAUUGUUUGCCUUUAAAAUGAAAUGGGUAUAUAAUUGAGUGUUAAAGGGAAAAAAGAGCAAAAUUCCAAUGUUACACAAUUGCAGUUAGGAAGAACGAGGUCUAUUAUUACGCUUGGCGAUUUGUCGAACGAGAGAAAUUCAUGUUGCUUUGACAACCUUAUUGGAUUGUCUCGAAUCGAAUUGUAAGAAAUAUUUAAGAUGGUUUAUCGCAGUUCUUUGAAUUUCACGAUUAAUAUAAUACACUCAAUGAAAGGGCAGUUGGUAUUGUAGUGCUUUGAUUUCAAUGAAUUUCAGAACACAUUCGACAUCCGAAUAGAAAAAUUUAUUCUUUCUAAUAAUUAUUAAAAAAACAUUCUUAUUUAAUUGUGAAUAUGGAUAUAUAGUGAAGCUUAUUGAAAAAGAAAGUACUGCAACCUUUUCUCCACUGACUGUAUAAUUAUCAGAGAUAUGACGGUUUCGAACAUUUCUUAUUUUUCGUUCAUUCAAUCACCGCCGUCUUCGAAGCAGCGAUAUUUCGAGUACGACUAUGGCAUAAGAAAACAUACGAUAAGUCUCGCGUGUGUGAUGAAGAUAAUUGUGAGCCGCAGAGGGAGGCCGAACAUGAUAUUACACGAAAAACAAGCGACCAUAUAUAUACAUAUAUAUAUACAUAUAAAGAAAUAUAUAUAUUUAUGUAUAAAUAUAAUGCAAGAGGAAUGCGUAAGCGUAACUUUAAAGUUCAUGUACAUGUAAGCCGCCGCUUCUGCGCGGGGCGCGACAAUUAUCGGUUACGAUAAGAAUGAAUCGUUGUAUAAAAAUAAAUCUAAGUAUGUUUGGACCACCGCGAUUCGAGACGGUGCGCUUUUCCUUCCUUUUGUUUUUCAUUUACAGAGUUUAAUUUAGUCGAAACGCGUUUUUUAUUCGCGGUGGUAUCUUUCCAUUGGAUCGUGAAAUACAAUUUAGAGAUCCUCCGUCGCGGUAACGCCAAAUAUAAUUCUUAAAAAAGAAGUAGAAUAACUAUCGCAUAAUUGAUGCAUUGCUUUUGUCCAUUAAUAUAUGAGACAUUCUCAUUCAAUGACGAGAAUUGUCGAACCGGGACGCGCCGUCUGGAAUCCGUCCAAGUUAACAUGUUUAGGAAUACUAAGCUACUUAAGUUACUUCUGUGCCAAGACGAGGGGGGUGUUGAGCAUUUUGUAACGCUAGCGAGCGGUCUCUUUGGUUACCGCGAAGUUGAAGCAUCGUGCGCGGGAUUCUCCUUAGGAAAAUCCCGUGGGCGCGUUUGAAGGGUUCAGGGGAAAUACAUUGAGCUGCCACUCGACAUGCCGGUAGGCAAUUCUAGACCCUGAGAACAGAGCGCUUCUCAACAAAUUUUGUUUUUUUCGGGUAGCCAGAUGUGCGAAUUCGCGCUUGCUUCUGAUAUUGCAUAAUUUUUAUCAUUCGAUCUCAGAAUCUGUUCCUUUCAGUCGCAUUUCUCGCAAUCGCUCUCUUCUUUCUUUCACUAGAUGCGCUUGUUGUUACACGUUAAGUACACGUAAAGAAAGAAGAAAUUGAGAAGAAAUGAAUAGCAGCUGAGAGGAAGAGAUUCGCGAAACGUGUUGCGAAGGCCAGUAAAAAUAUAUCAUUGGAUGAUCUUCAAUGAAUUUCGUCAAUAUUCAAUUUCGCACAUGGAUAUUCAAUGUUAAUGGAUACUCUAUUCUACUACAUAGAUACUUUUUUAUGCUUCCCCCGUUCCCUUCACAUCACGGGGCUGAGAAACACGCGUGUGCGCGUGUGCGCCACAUUCCUAUUUUGUACGCAUUUUUCUAAAUAGACUCGCCGGCUCGAGCGUGUGCCGUUUCACCAACGCGUGGCUAUUUUAAUCUCCCAUUUGCACUUUUAGCGUAUAUUGUGUCGGAUAGUCGGAAAUAAAAUGAGCGAGCUGCCGCAUUUUCAAUGCCUAAGUGGAAAUCGCUAAUUCUAACGAUUUCUCAGGAGCCAGGAGUGCGGGAGCGCGAGAGGAUCUGAAUGUUCGCGCGACAAAACCCCGGGUUCUCGAGAAGCACGAUCAAGAGACUCUCCUCGAGAUUGCUCUGCGGAGAAUUGCGAAUCAAACAAAUUGGAAAUGUAAAAUCUGUGUUAAACUAGGCUUACGUGCGGGAAAACGGACUGUCGAUUGUACUUAAUUGUCGGUGCGACGAAAUCGCCCGAUCGCUUUUCCGCGCUGCAAAAAUGGAAAAAGAAAAGCAGCCGAUAUCGAGCCGAACACGGCACGUGGAACGGAUGUUAUUUAUAAGGCUGAACCGAAGGCCAAGAGAUAAGUCGGGAAGUGUAACGAUAAAACUAUGUGUAUUUCUAUGGACGAUGCUUGUGUAACGUUUAAAUGGUUACUUGUAGGAUCAUUGUAAAGUGGCUCGCGGGCGCAAUAAUCGAUUCGUGAUUACGGUAGCUCGAGAGUAAGACGGAGCAGGGAGAUGCGUGAGAAUGUAUUGGAAAGAGGGAAAGAAGGAAAAAAGAGGUAGAUAGACGAAACAAAUUAUAUUUUGCCGUGCCAGACGAAAACAAAGCUGCCGUCGCUAAUUGUAGACCAGUUGUAAUAACGACUCAUUAUUGUAUCGCGACGAACACAUACAUGCGCAUAACACCGAUUCACACAUACAUACACACAUACACACUUUAGAAUAUGUAUCCAGUAAAUUAUAUAUAAAACUAUGA